CGCCAGUACAGGCGGGACCGGAAGGAGAGACAGAGCGCCGCCAUGACAGGUUGGGCCUAAAGGGAACAGAAUGGGCCACUUGCCGGCUCUGCGACCGGAAAAAAUGAGGCAAGGACAGCCGAGUUGGGCGCCGCCAUGACAACCUGACCGGAAAAGGCGGAGCUCUCCUCCCGGACUGAUUUCCUACCCGCACCGGCCUGGAGAUGCAGGCAGCCCUGGAGGUCACGGCUCGCUACUGUGGCCGGGAGCUGGAGCAAUAUGGCCAGUGUGUAGCGGCCAAGCCGGAGUCAUGGCAGCGGGACUGUUACCACCUUAAGAUGAGUAUUGCUCAAUGCACAUCCUCCCACCCAAUCAUCCGUCAGAUCCGCCAGGCCUGUGCUGAACCUUUUGAGGCCUUUGAGGAGUGCCUUCGGCAGAAUGAGGCAGCUGUGGGCAACUGUGCAGAGCACAUGCGCCGCUUCCUGCAGUGUGCUGAGCAGGUGCAGCCGCCUUGCUCACCCUCAACUGCGGAGGUGAAGCCGCCACAAUCACCCUCAACUGUGGAGGCAAAGCCACUUCCUACCUCCUGAGGACUCUGAACCAUGGAAAAACUGGACAUGAGUGACUGGCUCCUUGAUGCCCCCAGCCCUGAAGAGUGGCCAGGUGGAGUUCUGUGGGGCCUGGACAUGAGUCUGGCUUCUCUGGACAGCAGGACUCACAAUAAAUAAAGACUCUAUAUACCAGA